AUGCGCGGUCAUCCCUCCGAUGGCGCUUGUUACGCCUCUGCUCUCUUGUUUGUUCUUUUGGUCGCCUGCCCCAAAUGCUCAAAUACGGGUGACUUGACCCUGUGCAUCGUUCUCGCGCAACUCAUUAGCCAGGUCGCGAAUGCCUAUUGUUGUUUGUUUUUGCGACUUUUUUUUUUACCACGGAACUUUUGA